UGGAUGCAGCUACGGAGCGGCGAGAGAGAGACUGAACGGUGAUUGAAAGAGAAGAGAGCUGAACGGCGGUGGCGGCAGCCAUCUUAAAACUACCGCACUAAUCCGAGAUAUACAUCCUCUGGAUAUUUCUGCAACACCGAGCUAAAUCAGAUUUUACCGGGCGAGAGGAGACAGAAUACCAUUUCUUAAUUCGUUCGCUGUUUUUAAACUGAAGACGGGAUGCGGAUCCGCGGGGUGAAACCUUUCGCUUCUGCAGUCGGUCUGCUCUUAGGACUAUUAUGCGCGGUGGAGGCAGCCAAAGUAAAUAAGCACAAGCCAUGGAUUGAGACCACGUAUCAUGGUAUCGUAACGGAAAAUGAUGACAAAGUUCUCCUGGACCCUCCGCUGAUAGCCUUGGAUAAAGAUGCCCCGUUGCGCUAUGCAGAGAGUUUUGAGGUGACCUUCACCAAAGAAGGGGAGAUCUGCGGCUUCAGGAUUCAUGGGCAGAAUGUGCCGUUCGAGGCGGUGGUGUUGGAUAAAUCCACUGGCGAGGGCGUGAUCCGGGCCAAGGAUAAACUGGAUUGUGAGCUGCAAAAGGAACACACCUUCACCAUCCAGGCCUACGACUGUGGAGAGGGACCUGAUGGCAGCAACAUGAAGAAAUCUCACAAGGCUACCAUCCACAUCCAAGUGAAUGACAUGAACGAGUAUUCACCGGUGUUCAAAGAGAAGUCCUACAAAGCCACAGUGAUAGAGGGCAAAAAGUAUGACAGCAUCCUGAAGGUGGAGGCCGUGGACGCUGACUGCUCUUUCCAGUUCAGUCAGAUCUGCAGCUAUGAGAUUGUCACCCCCGAUGUGCCCUUUACCAUUGACAAGGAUGGCAACAUCAAGAACUCCGAGAAGCUGAACUACAGCAAGGAACGCAUGUACAAACUCACCGUGACUGCAUAUGACUGCGGUAAAAACCGCGCAUCUGAGGAUGUUCUUGUAAAAAUCAACAUUAAGCCCACAUGCAAACCAAGCUGGCAAGGAUUUAAUAAAAGGAUUGAAUAUGAGCCUGGUACAGGCAGUCUAGCCCUGUUCCCCAGCAUGCACCUGGAGACCUGCGAGGAGCCAAUCACCUCCAUUCAGGCCAGCAUCAUGCUGGAGACUAAUCACAUCGGCAAGGGCUGUGACCGCGACACCUACUCCGAAAAAUUCCUGCACAAGCUGUGCGGUGCCAGUGCUGGUACUGUGGAGCUGUUGCCUGCUCCCAGCAACUCUGCCAAUUGGACUGUCGGCUUGCCCACUGACAACGGGCACGACAGCGACCAGGUGUUUGAGUUCAACGGCACCCAGGCCAUCAAGGUCCCUGAGGGUGUGGUGAGCACCACCCUGAAAGAGCCCUUCACCAUCUCGGUGUGGAUGAGACACGGACCUGGAGGCAGGGAGAAGGAGACCAUACUCUGCAACUCUGACAAGACUGAGAUGAACAGGCACCACUACUCUCUGUAUGUACACAACUGUCGUCUUGUGCUGCUGCUGCGUCAGGAGCCUACCGAAUCUGAGAACUACAAACCAGCUGAAUUCCACUGGAAACUCGAUCAAGUGUGUGAUAAAGAAUGGCAUCACUACGUGUUAAACAUUGAGUUCCCAGCAGUGACUUUGUUUGUGGAUGGUUCCAACUUCGAGCCCUUCCUGGUUACGGAGGAUUACCCUCUGCAUGCCUCCAAGAUCGAAACCCAGCUCACCAUCGGCGCCUGCUGGCAAGACCUCUCAGGACAUGACAAUGAUACUGAGACUCUCUCAGAGUCUUUGACAGGUGGCAGCGCUCGCAUGACUCAGUAUUUCAGGGGCAACUUAGCUGGACUCAUGAUCCGCUCCGGCAAACUGGAGAACAAGAAAGUUAUCGACUGCCUCUACACCUGCAAGGAAGGUCUUGAUGUGCAGCUUCCAGAGGAGGUAGCCUCUGCUGUGAAGGUGGAGUUUAACCCCAACCAGUCUUCUCUGAGUCUGGAGGGAGAUGACAUUGAGAGCUUUGAGAAAGUGAUGCAGCACAUCUCCUACCUGAACUCCCGGCAGUUCCCCACCCCAGGAAUCCGCCAUCUGCGUGUCUCCACCACUGUCAAAUGCUUCAAUGAGGAGACGUGCAUCUCCGUGCCUGACUCUGAAGGCUACGUGAUGGUUCUCCAGCCAGAGGAGCCAAAGAUCAGCCUCAGUGGAAUUGACCAUUUUGCCCGUGGAGCAGCUGAAUUUGAGAGUACGGAGGGCGUUACGCUCUUCCCUGAGCUGCGCAUCGUCAGCACCAUCACCCGUGAGGUGGAGGUGGAGGCUGAGACCGAAGCCGAGGAUGAUCCCACAGUGCAAGAGACGGUGGUAUCUGAGGAGAUCAUGCAUAACUUGGACACGUGUGAGGUGACUGUGGUGGGAGAUGAACUGAAUGGAGAUCAUGAGAGUUUGGACGUGGAUCUGGUCCAGAUCCAGCAGAGAGCUCUGGAGAUGAGCUCUUCUAACGUGGGCAUGGUCAUCACAGGGGUUAACACCAUGGCGAACUACGAACAGGUCCUGCAUCUGAUCCGCUACAGGAACUGGCACACAGAGGCACUGUUUGACAGGAAGUUUAAACUCGUCUGCUCUGAACUCAAUGGCCGCUACAUUAGCAAUGAAUUCAAGGUCGAGGUCAAUGUGAUCCAUACAGCCAACCCCAUGGACCAUGCAAACAAUGCUAUGGUCGAGCCUCAGUUCAUUAAUCAAGUACAGCAUGCUUCAGUGGACCUGUCUGGACACAACCUGGCCAACACCCAUCAGGCCUCAGUUGUCCCCAGUGCUGCCACCGUCGUUAUCGUUGUGUGUGUGAGCUUCCUGGUGUUUAUGAUCAUCCUGGGCGUCUUCCGUAUCCGUGCUGCCCACCAGCGCACCAUGAGGGACCAGGAAAACGGCAAAGAGAACGAGAUGGACUGGGAUGACUCUGCUCUCACCAUUACAGUCAACCCAAUGGAGACUUAUGAGGAUCAGCACAGCAGUGAAGAGGAAGGAGACGAGGAAGAGGAAGAGAGCGAGGACGGAGAGGAGGAAGACGACAUCACCAGUGCAGAGUCAGACAGCAGUGAGGAUGAGGGCGGCGAACAGGAAGACCAGCAGGGUUCGAGCAGACAGCAGCAGCUGGAGUGGGACGACUCCACCUACUGAUCCUCCUGAGCACACAGUACACAUUACUUACCAACACACACACACUCACAAAACGACAAAUCCACCCACGCACCGUCACAUCCCUCUGCCAAUAGGGACACCCAUGUUCCCACUACCCAAGGAGCCAUGUGUAAAAAUGC